AUGGCAGCCUCCGUGUGUCGGUGCUAUGAGGUGAGAUUAUGCACAUUUCUUCCCAUGGCUUGCACUGCUGAAGAGUGGAUGUUGACUGAAUUGUUUUAGGGAUCCAUAUUUAACGUUUAAGCGCAACAUUCCUUUUACAUUAUUUCGUGAAAACGUUAUAUCCUCUGAAGACAGUUAUGAAUGGGUGAAUGGGCCAGUCGGUGUUCGUUCGUGAACAUAUUCUAGUUAGCGAGAUAGCUAAACAUGUCAAGCAUUAUUCAUAGCCUGUUAAUAUUGUACUUACCUGGUCAGUUCAGUGUAGGUAUGCAGACCUGCGGCCCCUCAUGAUGAGUUCAGAUGUUUUGUGGCCCCCACCCCCAUCAAAGUUGUCCAUCCCUGACUUAUGUUGUUCUUCUCCUCAGCUGGUCGGAAGACGUCUUCUGCUCCUGCCAUCCCGUGCUGUCGUCUCCUCAUUCAAUAGAGGAGAUGCCUACAGGAUAUGUGGGUCUCCGGCUGUCCCUGUGCAGGUCAUUAUCAUUAUCACCAAAGCAUUAUCAUCGUUGACCUUCAAAAAAUGAUCGCUCUGGUGGUAGUACACAAACUCUUAACAUGGUGUCUGUCAUUCACUCAUAUUUUAAUUGUGCCCUCUUUCUCCCAGGUGCGGUAUGCGUCAGAACGACCUAGUCGUAAAGGCUUCUUCGGGGAGUUUGUGGAGAACCUGAGGCAGGAGUUUGGGAAGGACAAGGAGAUGAAGGAGAACAUCAAGAAGUUCAGAGAGGAGGCCAAGAGGCUAGAGGAGUCGGAUGCCCUGCAACAGGCUCGGAGGAAAUUUGUAAGUGCAAAUUUUAUUUUGGAAUGUGAUGUCCCUUUAAGCCCAUGGUAAGCACUUUGGUUGUGCAGACUUUCUUCCCCAGCACUAACCUUCAAUUAGUGAAGGUCUUGACAAUAAGUUAAAUAGGGUAUGUCAGUGCUGGGCUGGAAUAAAAGCCUGCACACGCUGUUGCUGUCCAGGACCGGGGUUGGUGACAACUGGAUUACAUUUUUCACCUGUGUUACAAACACAUACUUGUCAUCAAGGACACUCAUCAAGCUCAUUUAUUUAUUUCCUCCAGAAAACCAUUGAGUCUGAAACCGUUAAGACCUCUGAGGUGUUCAAGAAGACCUUUGGGACUCUGUCUGAAACUGUGAAGGAGGUGAGUCAUUUUCACACUCUUACAAAGGUCAUUGACAUCAGCAGUUAUUAUUAGGCAUAAGUGCAAAUGUUUCAAGUUCUUUAUAUCUUAUCAAUGGUGUACUAUAUCUAUAUUUGUAUACAGUGGGGGGAAAAAAGUAUUUAGUCAGCCACCAAUUGUGCAAGUUCUCCCACUUAAAAAGAUGAGAGAGGCCUGUAAUUUUCAUCAUAGGUACACGUCAACUAUGACAGACAAAAUGCAAGAAAAAAAAUCCAGAAAAUCACAUUGUAGGAUUUUUAAUGAAUGUAUUUGCAAAUUAUGGUGGAAAAUAAGUAUUUGGUCAAUAACAAAAGUUUCUCAAUACUUUGUUAUAUACCCUUUGUUGGCAAUGACACAGGUCAAACGUUUUCUGUAAGUCUUCACAAGGUUUUCACACACUGUUGCUGGUAUUUUGGCCCAUUCCUCCAUGCAGAUCUCCUCUAGAGCAGUGAUGUUUUGGGGCUGUCGCUGGGCAACACGGACUUUCAACUCCCUCCAAAGAUUUUCUGUGGGGUUGAGAUCUGGAAACUGGCUAGGCCACUCCAGGACCUUGAAAUGCUUCUUACGAAGCCACUCCUUCGUUACCCGGGCGGUGUGUUUGGGAUCAUUGUCAUGCUGAAAGACCCAGCCACGUUUGAUCUUCAAUGCCCUUGCUGAUGGAAGGAGGUUUUCACUCAAAAUCUCACGAUACAUGGCCCCAUUCAUUCUUUCCUUUACACGGAUCAGUCGUCCUGGUCCCUUUGCAGAAAAACAGCCCCAAAGCAUGAUGUUUCCACCCCCAUGCUUCACAGUAGGUAUGGUGUUCUUUGGAUGCAACUCAGCAUUCUUUGUCCUCCAAACACGACGAGUUGAGUUAUUACCAAAAAGUUAUAUUUUGGUUUCAUCUGACCAUAUGACAUUCUCCCAAUCCUCUUCUGGAUCAUCCAAAUGCACUCUAGCAAACUUCAGACGGGCCUGGACAUGUACUGGCUUAAGCAGGGGGACACAUCUCGCACUGCAGGAUUUGAGUCCCUGGCGGCGUAGUGUGUUACUGAUGGUAGGCUUUGUUACUUUGGUCCCAGCUCUCUGCAGGUCAUUCACUAGGUCCCCCCAUGUGGUUCUGGGAUUUUUGCUCAAUGUUCUUGUGAUCAUUUUGACCCCACGGGGUGAGAUCUUGCGUGGAGCCCCAGAUCGAGGGAGAUUAUCAGUGGUCUUGUAUGUUUUCCAUUUCCUAAUAAUUGCUCCCACAGUUGAUUUCUUCAAACCAAGCUGCUUACCUAUUGCAGAUUCAGUCUUCCCAGCCUGGUGCAGGUCUACAAUUUUGUUUCUGGUGUCCUUUGACAGCUCUUUGGUCUUGGCCAUAGUGGAGUUUGGAGUGUGACUGUUUGAGGUUGUGGACAGGUGUCUUUUAUACUGAUAACAAGUUCAAACAGGUGCCAUUGAUACAGGUAACAAGUGGAGGACAGAGGAGCCUCUUAAAGAAGUUGUUACAGGUCUGUGAGAGCCAGAAAUCGUGCUUGUUUGUAGGUGACCAAAUACUUAUUUUCCACCAUAAUUUGCAAAUAAAUCCAUUAAAAAUCCUACAAUGUGAUUUUCUGGAAUUUUUUUCUCUCAAUUUGUCUGUCAUAGUUGACGUGUACCUAUGAUGAAAAUUACAGGCCUCUAUCAUCUUUUUAAGUGGGAGAACUUGCACAAUUGGUGGCUGACUAAAUACUUUUUUCCCCCACUGUAUUCUCUAAUAGAAUUGCAUGAUUUUACAGCUUAUGAGUUGAACUUCUAUCUUAGUGCUAACCCAGAAAUGCAAUUAUAAUGUAUUGUUUAUAGUAACGGGCUACACAGGCUGUGAUUCUCCAUUACCCGUUAGAUGAUAGGUACUGUUUGGCGUAGCACAGAUAUUUUACAACCAACCUUAACUUGGCGAUACUAUCGUCGUUCUCGAUUCGGCCAAACAUGUAUCUUCUAAAUGUCAGUGUCCAGUUGCAGGUGGUUCAUUUGAAUUUAGAAAAUACUCCGUUAUUAAAAUAAAUAUAUUUUUUGCUCCAUGAAGUAAUCCAAAAAUGUUUACCCCACCAUCUUGCCUAUUUCAAAUCUUCUCUCAUUAAUCGAGACAGGUGAGUGUCUUCAUGACAUGCGGCACUUUGGGGUUGACCCACCUGUCUCAAUCAAUGAGAGAAGAUUUGAAAUAGACAAGAUGGCGGCAUACACAUUGUUGGAUUGCUUCAUUGAGCAAAGAAUAACGGCGCAUUUUCUAAAUUCAAAACGAACCACCUGCAACUAUCUUGUAACGAUUAAUGGAGAGUCAAAUUAGCCCAUAGCUACAGAUUUGCAAUGUUUAAAGUAGCUCACCACAACUCUUUCUGAAGUCAUUCUCACAUCCAUCAUAAUGCCUGAACUCUGAAGUCAUUCUAUUGUCCAUGUCUGUCUGUCUGUCCAGGGCCUUGAGGAGGUGACCCGUACAGACAUGGGGAAGAAAAUCAAGGAGGGGAUGGAGGAGGCAGCCAAGACUGCCAGGCACUCUGCUGAGUCUGUGUCCAAGGGAGGAGAGAAGCUGGGAGCGACCAGCGCCUUCAGGGCCAUCUCACAGGUCAGAGAUUGACAUUAAAAACAAGCAACCCACCUCUCCAUUGAAGGAAAUGGGUUAUGCUUUAUUAUUUGAGUCCUUUGGUCUGAUUUACUUGGUUACAUGGCUAUUACUGAUCAUUCAUUGUGUUGAAAGAUUUUAAAUAAGUACCAGAAUGUAGCAGGUGUUACCAGUUGUUUUGGGUAAAUACCAGCUGUUGAAGGACAUUGAAGCAUCAACUCGAGGCUGAGAAUGUGUAAAAGGUCAAGGAUUCUAUGGAAUCAUUUAACUGAUCUCAUUUGUUCCCCUCUUUGUGUGUACAGGGGAUGGAGUCAGUGAAGAGAGAGAUUGAUGUGGUGGACGAUGGUACUUAUAGGGCUCCUCCUCAACUCAGGAAGAGGAGUGAAUUCUCCUCCAAGGGAGGGGAGAGCGACAACCGAGUGUUUGAGGCCAACGAGUAUGUCCCCUGUUCAUAGCCAUGACAUGGUUAACAGAUAUUUCUUCCCAUUCACUGACAAUGCUAUGGGUGUCCAUUCAGCCAUGCUUGAAACUAUUAGGAAAUACAACCUAUUGAUAUAACUGGUCUAUUUGGAUUUAUAGAGAGGACAUGGGUGUUGUGCUGCACAAGGAUUCUAAGUGGUACACACAGUGGAAGGACUUUAAAGACAACAACAUGGUUUUCAACAGUAAGAGAAUGUUAUUGUAUUUCAUCAGAUAUAGUUACGAGUGAUGUAAUCAUAUGUCACAUUUUAUGGUUGAGUGCACUUCUCUGGCCUGUCAGCAGGUGGCACUAUAUUCAUCAGCAAGGUAUACCUCAAUGUCAAGUCUAGCCGAGAUGGGAUUUUUCCUGAUCAAGAAACACUUUCUAUUACAUUGUAUCUUAUUAGAUUUUCUGUGGAUGGUCCCAGAGUCUUGGGAGUCUUUGGGAUAUUUUCAGCUCAGUAUUUCUUAUGUUACUUCUCCUCUCUCCUCAGGGUUCUUUGAGAUGAAAAUGAAGUAUAACGAGAGUGACAACGCCCUUGCCAGAGCAUCACGAGCCGUGACCGACAGAGUCACCGAUCUACUAGGUAAACAACCUCUCCUUUUUAAAUUUUGUCUGUUGAAUAAUCAUAUCACUCUGAGGGGUUUAAUGGGUGUAUUCAAUAGUUUCUCUGUUAUAUUGUCUGGUAUGUAAAUAGCCACAAGGUGACUACCCUCUUUUCCUUCAUAAGUUCUGAUAGAUGGUAGGACCACAUAGGUUUCCACUAUUUUGCCAUUAAGUCCUUGUUAUCUGGUUGGCAGGUGGUCUCUUCUCUACGACGGAGAUGUCUCAGGUGCUGACAGAGAUCUUAAAGGCAGACCCCAGCUUCGACAAGGACUCCUUUCUCAAACAGUGUGAGAAGGACAUCAUCCCCAACAUCCUAGAGGUAAGGGGCACAAACACUUUCUUUUAACACUUUUAAAGCAUUUUUUAAAGAUCAAUGUUUUGAUAUUUUCAAUUGUAAUAAUACAUGAGUACUUUUAGCUACUUUUAACUUUUGAAAUGCAUAACACUAGUGCAAUCUAUAGGCCACUAGAGUUGAAUAGAUGUUUAAAACAUUUAUUUAAGAGAACUUUAUAUAGAUAUUUAGCAUGCAGUAACUACAUUUUACAUUUCCGUCAUUUAACAGACGCUCUUAUCCAGAGCGACUUACAUUUCAUACUUUUUUCCCCCUCCAUACUAAUGUCCGUGAACGCACCUUUGUCCUUCUGUCCUCUGAAGGCUAUGAUCCGUGGGGAGCUCGAGGUGCUGAAAGACUGGUGUUAUGAAGCCGUGAGUACUUUUAUACAGACGGCAUGUUUUCUUUUCCUUUCCCCCUUCCACUUCUAUUGAUGUCUGUAGCAAUUAGUGUCUGUACAAAAGGGUUUACGGUGAGUUUUUCUUAGCAGGUCACAUACUUUUCAAAUGAAAGGAACCUCUCAAAAGUUCUUGUUCCAAAUAGCAUUCUUCCUUUAGAGGUGGCCCUGCGUGUGUGGUUGAUGUCUUGUGAAUGUGUUUUAACCCUCCUCUCUCUCCGUCCUCAGACAUACAGUCAGCUGGCCCACCCCAUCCAACAGGCCAGGGCCCUGGGUCUAAUGUUCCAAUCCAAGGUCCUAGAUAUAGACAACAUAGAUGUAAGUACAUGAGUGUGUCUCUCAGGCCCAACCAGGCAAUGUCAUUACUCUGCUUGAGCUACAUGUACAAGUCACCAACGUUUUGAAAGCAUGCUGAUUUUGUCAUUAUUACAGGUUUAACAUACUUUUUUCUCUCUCUCGCUCAUUUAUUCAUUAAUUUACUCUUUCAUCUCUCUCUCAGUUGGCGAUGGGGAAGAUCAUGGAUCAAGGCCCCGUGUUGAUCAUCACCUUCCAGGCCCAGGUGGUCAUGGUGAUUCGUAGUCCCAAGGGAGACCUGGUGGAAGGAGAUCCGGUGAGUUACCUCCUAAAGGGUUCUCUCUAUCCUGGCAGAUUUUGUCUGGGUCACUUUACUCCUGAACCUGUCUCUCUCCUGCCUCCGGUGGUAUCUUUUGUUCUACUUCCCUAACCUGGUUUCUAACCCAGUUUCUAACUCUGUUUCUUCUAUCCCAUUCCUUUUCCCCCUUCUUCUAACCGUUGCUGUUUGUCCUGGACUGCUGGUGAUAUGUCUGGUGGCCCCCACCUUUCCUUCUCUCCUCCCCCCAGGAGAAGGUGUUGAGGAUGAUGUACGUGUGGGCUCUGUGUCGGGACCAGGAGGAGCUCAACCCCAACGCAGCCUGGAGACUACUGGACAUGUCUGCCUCCAGCACCGAGCAGGCUCUCUGA